AUGGCCUCGUCAGCUACCAAAGGGCUCGAGGAGCUCAACUCGCUGGUCAACAGUGCUGUCACGCUCAUUCAGGGUUUCGAAGUGUCUCUCAAAGAUGUUGUCGACUCCAACAGUGACUCAGGCCCGUCCGCAGACAAAUGGGCCGCCUCGAGGUCACCAGAGGACGGCACGAAGCCUCUGGACUGCCUAGCCCUUGCGAGAGACUCUGCAUCUCUGGUCAAGGCUCAUGCCACCAAAAUUUCCCUCCUGAUCAUUACCGAGCCCUUCACGCCAUCUGCGAUCUGUACGGUGCUCAGGCAGCUCAUCCAGGAGCCUAUCCCAGCCAUCGUAUCCGCCGUCCAGCUAUGUCACGCCGACUCGUACACGAAACUCAUCCGCCGGGAUCUGGCGUGGCGAUGUGGGCGGGUCCUCAAAGAGAUGAGAGAACUCAUCCAGAAGAUCCCCUUAGACGGCAAAGUCCUACCUCCGGAGAAGCGGGAUGGUCCUUCGGGGCCAAAGGGUGGCAAGGGCAGCAUCAUGGCGACUGGUGUGCUGUGGGGUGUUUGUGACGAGGUCAUCAACUUUGCCAACCUGGGUGUGGUGGGUCAUCUUGUUCACAGGGCAGAGCAUUUCAGGGACACGCUCAAGGACGUCAUGGAGGAACUCAAGGAGUGGUCGGAGGAGCAGGAUGAGGAUGACGACGAGGACGACGACUCUGAUGAUGGGGAGGGAGGCCACGACCAAGCUGUCUUAGAUCUCGCCGAAGAUGUGAACAACACUCACAUCAGCACUCAGGCCAUGAUUGACGACCUCAUGAACUCGAACACUGUCAUCCCACGCGACGAUCCCGACAAAAUCAGGGACCGACUGGACUCGACUCUGCGCAGGCUACGACUCACUGUCCUGCUCUUCCAGGCUCUAAUCAAGCGAAGGCUCAAGACGCUGCCAAAACUGCCACUGGCUUCUCAGGAUGAAUCAGUGGUUGUCUCCCGCCUAGAUGAAGUACUGCCUCUCCUUCGAAAGAUGGCCGACCGUUUCAACAGUCUUGCCGUCGCAUUCUACGAUCUUGAUUCAGCAGAGAUCACCCGGCUUAUGGACCAGUGCUUCUUCGAUGCUUUUGCGGUCUCGGAGCUUUUAGCCAAGCCUUGGGCAGGCCAGAAGGACGAGUUUACGGACUGGGUCGCCAAAUUUCAGGUCGAGAUCAAGAAAAGUUGA